AUGUCGCAGCUAAGUAAGAAUUUGGGUGACUCCAGCCCCCCGGCGGAGGCGCCCAAGCCGCCGGUCUACAGCCGACCCACGGUUCUGAUGCGCGCCCCGCCCGCAUCCUCCCGGGCCCCGCCGGUCCCCUGGGACCCGCCUCCGAUGGAUUUGCAGGCUUCGCUGGCCGCCUGGCAGGCACCUCAGCCCGCCUGGGAGGGCCCGCAGGGCCAGCCGCCCGCCCCGGUGGCCGCGAUGGCCCAGCCUCCGGCCCUAGGGGCCCCGAUGGUCCAGGCCCCCCCUCUGGGAGGCCCAAUGGGCAAGCCUCCGACUCCCGGGGUCCUGAUGGUCCACCCUCCCCCUCCGGGCACCCCGAUGGCCCAGCCUCCGACUCCGGGGGUCCUGAUGAUGCACCCUUCGGCUCCCGGGGCCCCCAUGGCCCACCCUGCCCCUCCGGGGACCCCGAUGGCGCACCCUGCCCCUCCGGGGACCCCGAUGGCGCAUCCUCCUCCUCCGGGGACCCCGAUGGCCCAUCCUGCCCCUCCGGGGACCCCGAUGGCUCAUCCUCCCCCGCCGGGGACACCGAUGGCUCACCCUCCCCCGCCGGGGACACCGAUGGCCCAGCCGCCUGCUCCGGGGGUCCUGAUGGCUCAGCCUCUGACUCCGGGAGUCCUGAUGGUCCAGCCGCCUGCUCCGGGAGCCGCGAUGGCCCAGCCUCCGCCCCCAGGAGCUCCGAUGGCCAAGCCUCCGGGUCCCGGCGUCCUGAUGAUCCAGCCUUCAGGCUCCAGAGCGCCAAUCAGCCAGCCCGCCGCUUCAGGAGUCGCGAUGGCCCAGGCGGCGGCGCCACCUGCGCAGCCUCUGGCUUCCUGGGCCCCGCAGGCUCAGCCUCUGAUUCUGCAAAUCCAGUCUCAGGUCAUAAGGGCGCCCCCACAGGUUCCCCAGAGCCCGCAGGCCCCGCCGGCCCAGCUGGCCACACCCCCCGGCUGGCAGGCCACCUCGCCGGGCUGGCAGGCUCCUCCGCAAGGCUGGCAGGCCUCGCCCCUGGCCUGGCAGGCCACACAGGUGACCUGGCAGGCCGCGGGCCACUUUUGGCAGGCGGUGCCGGCGCAGGAGGCGCAGCGGCCCGGCCCGCCGCUGCUGCAGCUGGAGCAGCCCUUUCAGGGGGGCCCGGCCCCCCAAAAGGCCCUGCAAAUCCAGCUCUCCGCCCAGCAGGCCCAGCCCUCCGGGCCGCAAGCAGAGCUGUCCGCCUUGCAGCUGCAGCCCUCCUGGCAGGGGGCAACUGCGGCCCCGCAGGGCCAGCCCGGAGGCCCCUUAGCGGCGGCACAUUUUCCCAUGGGCUCCGCUAAGUCACUGAUGACUCCCCCGGGAGAACCCAGGGCCUCGCCAAUAGACCGCAGGACCUCGUCCAAGGAGCGCAGGACCUCGUCCAAGGAGCGCAGGGCCCCUCCCAAGGAGCGCAUGAUCUUCGCCGCCACCUUCUGCGCCCCCAAGGCGCUGUCGGCCUCCCGCGCGCACCUGCCCGCCGCCUGGAGAGGCUUCCCGGCCGCCGCGGAGACCUUCCCUGCCGCCGCGAGGGUCCUUCCAGCUACCUCCCAGUUCCAGCCUGCCUCGUCGAACGCCUUUAAGGGCCCAUCUGUCACCCCGGAGACCCCAAAGUCACUGCCGCUCGCUCUGCAGGAUCCCUUUGCCUGUGUGGAGGCCCUGCCCGCGGUCCCCUGGGUCCCACAGGCCAACGUGAAUGCUUCGAAGGUGCCCAAGGCGGCACCCAACCUCCUGAUGGCCACGGCGGCCGUGCCCCAGGUGAUGAUGGCCACCUCCCAAGAGGCCUCAAAGACGCCCGACGAGCCUCCGCGUCGCUCCGGCAAAGCCACCCGGAAGAAGAAGCACCUGAACACCGAGGAGGACGCUGGCGUCGGCCAGAUGCUGGCCCUGCGUGACUGGCAGGCGCCCAGACCUUGGGGAACUCUGAACUUGAGUGACUGGGAGGUUCACACCCCCGUUCAGGUCCUGGGGGGCUGGGAGGGCCCCAGCACCUCCCGCAGCCUGAGCGGCUGGGAGGGCCCCAGCACCUCCAGGAUCCUGAGCGGCUGGGAGGGGCCCAGCACGUCCUGGGCCCUGAGCGCCUGGGAGGGUCCGAGCACCUCCAGGGCCCUGGGUUUGUGGGAGAGCGCCGGUAGCCCCCUGCCUCUGAUGAUCUCUGAGAUCCCCAGUCUCUCUCAGGGGUUCGGUGGCACCCAGGAUGAGUCCAAGCUGGAGACUCAGCCACUGUCCCCCCUGGAUGAGAGAGCUAAUGCUUUGGUGCAUUUCCUCUUGCUCAAGGACCAAGCCAAGGUGCCCAUUAAGCGCUCGGAGAUGGUGAAGUUCAUCAUCCGUGAAUAUAAGGAUGAGUGCCUAGACAUCAUCAGCCGUGCCAACAGCAAGCUGGAGUGCGUCUUUGGUUAUCAAUUGAAGGAAAUUGAUCCCCAAAACCACUCCUACAUUAUCAUCAACAAGCUGGGGCGUCGUAAGGGCGAACCGGUGGCGUCCUAUCUGGACACGCCCAAGUUAGGCCUCCUGAUGGUGGUCCUGAGCCUCAUCUUUAUGAAGGGCGACUGUGUCAGGGAGGACCUGAUCUUUAACUUCCUGUACAAGAUAGGGGUGGAUGUCCGAGAGAACCAUGGCCUCUUCGGAGACACGAAGAAGCUCAUCACAGAGGUGUUUGUCAGGCAGAAGUAUCUAGAGUACAGGCGAAUCCCCAAUACUGAGCCGGCACAGUAUGAGUUUCUCUGGGGCCCCCGAGCGUUCCUCGAAACCAGCAAGAUGCUUGUCCUGAGGUUCCUGGCCAAGCUCCAUAAGAAGGAUCCGCGGUGCUGGCCAUUCCAGUACGUUCAGGCCCUGGCAGAGUGUGAGUCCGAAGAUUUAGAGGAGGACGAGCCUGGGUCCGACGACAAGGCUGGCGACCCCAGCAGUGGGCCCCCUCCCCGCUAGUGAGGGUCAACACGUAUCUGGUUCCUUUGUGUCCCGGCCAGAGGCCACCGACGGGGUGGGGUGGGGGGAGAUGUUUCGUUUCUGGUGUUUAUGUCCCUGUCUCACGUGUGCACAUUUGGAUUUCGACUUGGUUUUGUAUCUGCCAAAGCUUUGUACAUUUUCAUGUGGUGUUGAU